CGAACGAGGACAAAUAUAAUGGGUCUCUUCUUAUAUAGAGUUGAGCUAAUAGAUCAAAAUCUCGACAUUGCUUUGUUAUUUUAUUUCUUCUUUACCUCCUCCUUUUUCUUUGCUUUAGCUGGUUUUCCUUUUUUUGCAUAAAAAGCUUUAGCUGGUUUUCUUCUGUUUCUUUUUGUUUUAUUGUGAGAAACUAAUAGGGUAAGCAACACCUGAUUAAUCCUUCCAUCACCUAUUGUCUCCUCAUAUUAUUCUUCUCUUAGUAAGACAAUAUCUACAUAAGAAAAGUUGAAGCUGCCAUUUUUGACUUGAGAAUCUUCAUUUUUCUUUCUUUAUACUCUUUUCAAAUCAUCAGGGUCUCUUUAUUCUUUUCCCGGGCAUUGGCUCUUGAAUGAUACCAUAAUAAGGCAGAUUAAAGAGAUAGAGAGAGAGACACACACAGAACAAGAGAAGGUAGGGGACUAGCUAGGGAGGUUAUGGCUAUUGAUGUUUGCUGUUCGGAGGCUCCUGGUUCUAGCAUCAGCCCAAGAAACUCUUUCUCCUAUGAUCUUGACUCAACCGACGGUGAAGUCAGACUGGACUCUACACUUCUUGAUCCAGGUUCGGAGUUCGAUUUCUGCUUUGGCUCAAGUUGUCCUGUUCAAGAAGUAUCCCCAGCUGAUGAACUCUUCUCCGAUGGCAAGAUUCUUCCCGUUCAAAUCAAGAAAGUAGCCUUUAGGGUUCAAAGAUCUGCUUCACUCUCAUCAUCAUCAUCAUCAUCAUUCUCAUUAUCUUCUUCCUCUUCACCAGAAAAGAAGAUCAUGAGACUCAAAGAGGUUCUGUUGAGUCCUGAAUCUGCUUAUGAAGACAAGCCUAAGGGAUUGUUCUUGCAGUUCAAGAGAAGCAUAAGUCUCAACUACGACAAGAGCCGAAACAGCAAAGUGCUAAUCAGAUCGCUUCAAUUACUCUCACGAAGCAACUCCACAGGCUCAGCUUUAAACCCUAAACCUAACUUGCCGGCCAAGGAAACUUAUCAUCUUCACAAAACUCACAAUCUUCCUAAACAAACGUCUCUUAGAAUAUCAUCUUCGCUCUCAGCUUCAGGUCUUUAUAAGAAACCUCUAGCUAGGAACAGUUUCGGUAACGGGAACGGUGGAGUUCGAGUUAGUCCGGUCUUAAAUUUCCCGCCGUCGGGGUUCAUCUCUAACGUAGCCGACGGAUGUUUCAGCAUUGGUUCAUUCUGUAAUGGAAAGAUGAGCAGGAAGACAAGAGUGUGAAACCAUCUUUUGUCUUUUGUGGCAGGAGAGGAGAUAAAAACUUACAGAAAAUGUAUUUAUAAAAAAAAAAUUGCUGGUCGUUGUAUAAUAAGUUAACAAUGGAAUAAUCGACAGAACAUGUGAAGAUUAGACAGCAUGUGAGUUUUGUCUGUA